UCGGCUCGCAACAAAAUUAACGGGACGACCACAAUGGUGCAACCCCCCAGGGCGGCAUAUGUGGGCAACAUGAACAACAUGCUCUUCCCGCCCCUAGUGGGCAUGAUGGCCACGACCGGGCUGGCACCAUCCUGGAUAGCUUUGAUAGCU